AUGACGGCUUUUCAGGAUGCCGUUGCCUCUGCGCCCGUCGAUGUGGUUCGGGCUCACCUCAACCUAGCCGCGCCAACAACACGAACUCUGAGAUUUUUGCGAGCUAUUCUUGGCCUGGGUUCCUUCGACGAGUGUGAAUCUAAGAUCACUCGGUCUUCGGCUAAGAAGACCGCACAAACAAAAGCUUCUAACAUAAGUCGACCCCCAAUCAGGCCCGCGACCAGAAACAGGCAAAAGCCAGGUGCUGCAGUACAAAUUCAUGAAGGCAAUGACGACCAGUUGCCACGCCUAUCGCAGGCUGAACAGCGAAAGAUUGCCACCGAAACGUUCAACUCCACCUUGAAGUGCCUUGGAGAGGCUGCCAAAGCUCUAAGAGAUACUCCAACAACAAGCACGAUACCGUCCUUUGCACCUUCUGACGGCCCACUCCAAGCACGGUCACCGAACAGAGAACGAAAAAUACCUCCCACCAACCCCAAGAAAAGCGUCCACUCCAAUACGCCGCCGGAUUGGGGUCUGGUAGCAGAUAUGUCUCACUCUUCACUGCAGUUUUUGCGGAAGCGUGAUUCCAAUGAUGUGACAUCCUACGCCGACAAUGAUUUGGGCCUGGAGAAUGCUGCACUGAUUUUGCUGGACAGAAGCAUCUCCCUGAAUCUCUCAGCCCAAGCACAACGUCAACUUUGCGACAUCCACGAAAGUUACUGGGCAGACCAAGUCAAAAAGAGUCCUGCUUCACAAGCAAGCAUCGCAAGGCUCCUGCUAGGUCGGCCAGAUGCAGCAGAUGAAAGCCAAAGGUUCAGAUUCACAGCAUCAUUGCAGAGCCAAGCUCUCCGUCUUGCUCUCCUGAUUGGGGCAAAAUGUAUCAACUCAGAGCUCCUAAACUCGCUUCAGCAGGAUACCGUUGGAAGUCCAGCUUGGGUUACGCUAAAGGGACUUGAAAAACAACACCUGAGAUCCGACCAGUCUGGCCAGCAGCUUCGCACCAUUUCACUUGCCUUGUCUAAGUUGUAUGCGCUUUCCACGAGCUCAAAAGCAGAGAGCCCAUCACCACAGGAUCUUUUCAAACUCUUUUGCUUGUCGUUACGUAUCAAGUUCGAAUCUUGGGUCCAAUCUGGCCACAAGCUAGAGCCGGCAACAGAAGUGUGGCGACCACUGCAUAGAGCGAUCAAGCAGCUAUUUGCGACUUCGAGGGAUCUCAAGGCGUCAACCACUUGCAUCCUUCAAGCGCUUGUUUCAUUUCAGAAGCUUAUGCACGCAGUAAAAUGCGAGUUUCUCGUUCCGUCAGAGUUGAUUGAGACUUUGUUACGCAUCAUCCGGGAUCCAGAUGAAUAUCCUCCGCUCAUUGCUCUGGUGGAAGAGCGGCUUCGGAAAAUCAAGGGUGUUACGCAUUUGAUACUGCGGUGUCAAAUCGCCGUAGCACGGUUGAGAUCCUCAAGUGGAUCGCCAAAGACGUUGGAGUCGUUGAAGGGCGUGGAAAAUGCUCUCGGGGAGGCAAGAGAACUCUCUGCAGUUGAGCUUGACAGGUUCCUACUGCACCUAGCCCAAUUACGCAAGGCAGCUGCCGAGCUGGUCUUGUUUGUCAAAGCACGACCUGGCAGCGAAGACGGGCUUUCUCUAGAUUUUCAAACGACUCUUAUCCGCUUGACCUACUGUUCCUUCAACUUCCUACGUCGCCACACACGCCCGGUUCUUAUAUCCACUUCAGAAACUUCGGGUACCGAGAACCACAAGGCCUUCCUAAUUACGCUCAUUAAGACGAUUGACGCCGUCUUAUGCACCGAACACUGUGCUAUCACACGAAAUGCAGACCUCACGGCGACGGCGUUACAAACCCUCAGAGAUUGUUCUGCUGAAGUCCAGUUUCUCCGGGUCGAGUGCGCUGUUUUAAGUUCUCAGGGCCUGAUGGAGACGCCAUUAAACCAGCUUGGAGUACGGGUAUCCCAGUUGCUCUGGUCACGGUACUUAGAAGCCGCCGAAGAGAACAAAUCCCCUCUAGAACAAGCCAACAUUCUAGACUUGUCGCUGCUAGGUCUGUUAGACUUGCCAUUAAGCGAUCAAAAGGCGGCGCAUAUCGCACUCAAGUAUGAAAGGCUCGCAGCCUGCUACCUGGAAGUGCAUGACUUUCAAAUGGCCCAGACCGCCCUUCGAAACGCUAUUGAAGCCAACAUAAGAGAAGGCAUCCUCGGUGAUGUUGCGGAGUUGCUUCUAUCUGCUUCAUCUCAUUUUGCAUGGUCAAAAUCAGAGCCGAAUUGCAAGGCUUUUGGGAGAGUUCUUGUUACGUACACUAAAACGGUCUUUGAUCAUGCCUCAGUGGAAAACGACGACAGCUUCUACGACGAUCCAUCACUGCCAGCCUUUCAUCGCGCAGCGCUGCUCGAGAAACAGAUACUAGCCAUGUUUGAAUUAGGCUUAGACGACCACCGACACCGUCUAUGUGCAACAAUGGUAAGGAUUUUGCUCCAACUCCUGCAGCAGCCGGAAUACCAAGUGUACACUCUGAGGUUCAUCAAUGAGCUAUUGCAGUUGGCCUUAAAGAAGAGGAUGCCAGCUUCGACCUUUGUCGUUGACUUCUCUUUCAUCCAAUAUGUACUCACGACUGGCCUUGCGGAAAAGGAAAGCGUCUUCCUGCGGAAAUAUGAGCCAGAACUUCGUUCGCUUCUCUGCCUCCAAUAUGGGCUUUUUACUGGACUGCUUACCGACCAAGAAUUGUCGCAUGGGGUGGGACAGCUGUGUGAAAUCAUUCAGAGCUGCAGGACCGAGGAAGAGACACGUGUGAUCUGUAUUGACGUGGGAGCCCAUAUCACUCCACUUCUGCUCUCGGUUGAAUAUGCGGCGAUUCUGGGAAACCACGAAAUUGGUCUGGUGGCACUCGAAGCUUUGCAACAUUUGGUGGAACUUGGGGUUCGCGUUCAAGAGCUGUCACAAAAGAGGAUUCUCCUACGCAAAGGCCAGUUCCACGACUUAUUGAAGGAUCUUCAGUCUGCCCGGAAGGCUUUCGUCAUGGCCGAAAAGGCAAAUGAAGACGUGGGUGAUCCAUUGUUUGAAGCAGAAUUUGCACUCGCCUAUUCGGAACACCAUCUGUAUGCAAAUGAUCUUGAUGAGAGCACCAAGUGGCUAGAACGUGCCCGAAAUGCAUGGCAGGCCUGGAACAGGGCAGAAAGGGGAACGUCGAUCAAGGCCAAGUUGAAAGAACAGAGCAUUAUGUGCAGAGCCGCUCAUCUGGCCUCCCGGCUAGCUUAUGAGCGAAGUCAGCUUCUGAACGCCAUCGUUCUUGCACGGCAGUCCGCCAAAAUCUCUGCCUCUAUUUGGUGUUCAGUCGACAGGGUUUGUACAUCCGCAACUCCCUCGCAGCCGGAUUGUUCACUCGAUGCAGAACUGCACAGGCUGUCCAUCAACUUUUCCAAGCUUGAUAUGUCCUCCGCUCCGUUGACACGAGUGACGCCCAGCACAGUCGUGCUUGGGCCCGAGAUCUCGUUGUGUUGCGCGGUGUUCAGCCAUAUGGCAUUUCUGAACGCUCAUUGCGGCAUGUAUCAAGAUGCCACUAUGUUCUAUGAGCAGGUAUUGAAAAUUGCCAAGAAAUCCAAGUACCUGAUUCAUGCUGCGAUUGCAUUGAGCGACCUCAGUCUCCUCCAUGCCCGAGCUGGCCAACUUGAUAAGGCUAAAACUAAACUUCAAGAGCUGUCGCAUAUCACCCAGGACCGCAAUGCAAAUUGGAUACGGCUUCUCGUAUCCCUCAAUCAAGCCGAGACGUAUCUAAUUCUCCGGGACGAUUCAGCCGCUUCUCGGUGCUUGAAUGAGGCCAAGCAGCUGCAGGCUGAGAUGAACUCACGGUCUAUAAAACAGGGCGUGAGCGAUAUCCAGAAAGCUAAAACCAUCAGCGCUUCAGGAAAGCCUUCAGCAAGAAAACGUGCCGUCAAGGGUCAGAAAGGGAAUAGCCUAGUCAACUGUGCCUCAACGGAGGCUUCGUCCAUCUCGAAGUCUUCCUUAGAGCUGAACGGAAUCAAGGCGAGAGUUUCAAUUCUGGAAAGUAGACUUCGGGCGUUCCAUGGUUGCGCAGAUGCAAACGAUUCGUCUGAUGCUCGCUUGCCAUGUGACGGGGAUGACGAUGGCCGCAAGUCAAUAUCAAUAGCGCUCAAUUUGGUCCACUCUGCGCUCAAGAUUUUCUCGGAAGAUACCGUACAUAGUGUGCUCGCAGAAACAGCCGUCGCCAUUCCGGUGAGAUACCGAUCAGCGAGGAAAAGCGGCAGGAUUUCAUUCGUACAAGCUGCAGGCCCUCGAAUCACAAAAGAAAAGGACCGAGACUCAAAGAAGAGGACGAGGCAAAAGCAAGCGGAAGAGACAAACAAGGACGGGACGGGAUUGCUGCUUCUAGCCUACGACAUCCUUCGUGAGGUGAGCAACAAAGAGCAAAACCAAGUUCCUUCCGACAUUGUUCACACGUGCCAUAAACUCUUGGCACAGAUCAGUCUGCUCUCAUCGGCCUUGAACCAAUCAUUGGUCAGCUGUUCCUCGAACGUCGUGGUGGACAUAAUGAGCCCCCUUGAUCUCGCCCUUACGCGCGAACGUUUCGUGACUUUGGGCGAGCUCAGUGCGGCCGAGAGGACCAGCAUGGAUGAUUGGCCAAGUACACAAAGUGUCGAUGAGAAUGGCAUAUGUCUAAGCUCAGAUAUGCUGUUGAAUGACUACACGAGCCUUCUACCUGCUUCCUGGUCUGUCGUAUACCUUGGACUGAACGAAGAUGAAAAUGAGCUUUUUGUGGCGCAAUUGGCAUAUCAGAGGUCGCCGUUUGUUGUCAGAAUCCCCCUAACACGACCAGAUCCAUCAGAAGGAGACAACGAGGAACUUGACCUGAAAAGUGCAAAAGCAGAGAUGCAGGAUAUCAUCAUGAGAGCCAAUUCCACUGCUCACGAUGCUAGGGGUUCUUCAGUCAACAAGUCUGUCAGAAAGGCAUGGUAUGCGGAACGUCAAGGCUUAGAUCGUCGACUGGGUACACUACUAGAGAAUAUCGAGAAUAUCUGGUUUGGUGGCUUUCGAGGACUGCUCUCCGCUGCUAACUCGGACCAGAGCGGACUCAUGAAGUUCGGACAAUGUCUAUCCUCGACACUGAAAAGGCACCUCCCCUCGAGGCAGAAACCGUCAAAGCAAUACGACCAUGAGAUUGAACUCCAUGAUCAUGUGCUGGAGCUUUUUGUGGCACUCGGCCAUCCUCGGGAAGUUGAGGUGGAGGAUGCGGUCACGGACCUUUUAUAUUUUGUUAUUGAUAUCCUACAAUUUAAUGGUGAGCGCAACGCAUAUGACGAGAUCGAUUUUGACGCCAUGUUGGUUGAGGUAUUGGACGCACUGCAUUCUUACCACGAUCAAAGAUCAACCUCGCAGGAGAAGCAGGGCCAUGUGAUUCUGGUCUUAGAUAAAGAGUUGCAGGUGUUCCCCUGGGAGUCGUUGUCGUGCUUGAAGGGCCAGGCCGUUUCUAGGAUGCCUUCCAUCGCAUCAAUUUGGGAAAGGUUGAAAGCCAUUGGAGAUCAAUCGCAUGAUCUUGAAGGUUAUAUGAUCCCGAGAACAGAUGGUGCAUACAUCCUCAACCCAUCUUCCGACUUGAAGGCAACGCAAGAGACCUUCGGUCAGAUCUUCCAAGAUCAGCUGCCUGGAUACCGAGCUGUUGUCAAUCGGCAACCUGAAGGAAACGAGUUUGAGACAGCUUUGAAAGGCAGUUCACUCAUGCUCUACUUUGGCCACGGUGGCGGUGGGCAAUACAUCAGGCCUCGCACCAUCCGUAAGAUGGAUAAGUGUGCGGUGGCAUUGCUGAUGGGUUGCAGUAGUGCCAAAUUGACCGAAUGUGGAGUAUAUGAGCCGCAUGGACUGCCGUUGAGUUAUCUCAGUGGAGGUAGCCCUGCCGUGGUGGGAACAUUGUGGGACGUCACGGAUCGGGAUAUUGACCGUUUCGCAAUGGAGCUGAUGGCGCAAUGGGGAUUGAUUGACGUUGGUUUGGGCUCAGGAGCACCGAAAACCAACAAGUCUGAAAACGCAAAGACCAGGAAAGAGGAUAGAACAAGGCGCCAGGCAUGUGACGACCCGAAACUUGGACCUGUGUCUUUGGAUGAGGCUGUGGCACAUGCUCGCGAUGCAUGUUUAUUGAAGUAUCUCAACGGGGCCGCGCCUGUGAUGUAUGGGAUCCCCGUGUUUUUGGGAUCAGAAGAGGACGUGUGA